CUUUAUAAAACCUUGCUCAAUUUACUUACUGUAUAUUUUUCUGGUCACACUAACUGCCUACAGGAUACAGAAAUGGAGUCUCUCCAUUCUCAACGCCAAUUCCUGAGCUAGAUCAGAUGCCGUCUCUACGAGUUUUGAAUUUUGUUGAAGAUGAGAGGAAGUAUUGGCGGUACUCCUAGUUCCGCUGAAGCUCGUCACCGACUUCCCGUAACCGUUGAAGAACCAAACAAGCGAAAGACUUUUAGAAUCAAGAGUGCCCAUCGUAGUCUCUUUCAAUAUAGGAAUUGGAACUCCAGGUUCUCCACUUUGAAAUUCAUACUGGUCAUCGUCGUUUUGGGGGGACUCUAUACACUCUUCCACUCACCAUCCGUUUACAACACAGACCAUCCAUCAGAUUAUGCAUCUAGGCCAAGUCUUGCAGAUUUAUGGACAAGGGAAACACCUCAUGUUGAUCAUCGUUAUGCAUCAUCGUUGGAUAUAGAUUGGGCCCAAAUAUCAGUGGUAACUGAGAGCUUGACUGGUACAAAUGCAUAUCAAGGCAUAGGCAUACUAAACUUCAACAACAGUGAAAUCAACCAUUGGAAGGAACUUAUUCCUGAUGCAGAACAUGUUAUCCUCCAUUUGGAUCCCGUUUCAAAAAACACCACGUGGAAUUCAUUGUACCCAGAAUGGAUAGACGAGGAAGAAGACUACGAGUUUCCUGUUUGUCCUUCCCUUCCAAAACUUAAAGUUCCUGGAAAGCCACGGAUAGAUCUCGUUGCUGUCAAACUUCCUUGUAAUAAAUCAGGAGACUGGUUAAGAGAUGUUGCCCGUCUUCAUUUACAACUUGCAGUUGCAGACUUAGCUGCAUUCGCUAAAGGCUAUCAUCCACUCUUUGUACUUCUAGUAACUGAUUGCUUUCCAACUCCAAAUCUUUUCAGUUACAAUGAACUGGUUGAGCAUGGAAGCAGUGUGUGGUUAUAUGAGCCCAAUCUUCACAGAUUAAAAGAGAUGAUACAACUCCCAGUUGGGUCUUGUGAGCUUGCAAUUCCUCUGCGAGCUAAAGAGAAUACAUAUUCUGGGAACCCAAAGCGAGAAGCUUACGCCACCAUCCUACAUUCAGCACACGUGUAUGUCUGCGGUGCGAUCGUCGCAGCUCAGAGCAUCCGCAUGGCUGGUUCCACGCGCGACCUGGUUAUACUUGUGGACGACACGAUCAGCAGUUAUCAUCGUGAAGGACUGGAGGCUGCUGGCUGGAAAAUUCGAACCAUAGAGAGAAUAAGAAACCCGAAAGCUGAACGAGAUGCUUAUAACGAAUGGAACUACAGCAAAUUCCGCCUCUGGCAGUUGACGGAUUAUGAUAAGAUAAUCUUCAUCGACGCUGAUUUGCUUAUUCAACGAAACAUGGAUUUCCUUUUUCAGAUGCCUGAGAUAUCAGCCACGGGUAAUAAUGGGUCCCUUUUUAAUUCAGGUGUGAUGGUUAUCGAGCCGUCGAAUUAUACAUUCGAGCUGUUGAUGGAUCAUAUAAACGAGAUAGAGUCGUAUAACGGAGGAGACCAGGGGUACUUGAACGAGAUCUUCACAUGGUGGCAUAGGAUUCCGAAAUACAUGAACUUCUUGAAGCAUUUCUGGGAAGGAGAUGAGGAAGAGAAGAAAGCUGUGAAAACAAGCCUGUUUGGUGCGGAUCCACCUGUUUUAUAUGUGAUACAUUAUCUCGGUUUAAAACCAUGGCUUUGUUUUCGUGACUAUGACUGUAACUGGAAUGUGGAUAUAUUACACGAGUUUGCGAGUGAUGUUGCACACAAGACGUGGUGGAAGGUUCACGACGCGAUGCCAGAGAAUUUGCAUAAGUAUUGUUUGCUCCGGUCGAAACAGAAGGCGUCUCUUGAAUGGGACAGGAGACAAGCCGAGAAAGGGAAUUACACGGAUGGACAUUGGAAGGUUGAAAUUCAAGACCCUCGGUUGAAGAUUUGUUUUGAGGACUUUUGUUAUUGGGAGAGCAUGCUUUGGCAUUGGGGUGAAACCAACUGGACUGAUGCAACCGCCAUCGCUCCACCACCACCGUCGCCGCCAGUACUGCCACUGCCUGCUUAAAGCAGCGUCUUUUUCAGAUUUGUGAUUUUUCUUUUAGGAUUUCCAUGUGAGGAAGUUUGUCUUUGUUUGAGAAUACAACACAUACAAAACCAUGAGUGUAAUUGUAAUGGUAACGGUAAAAUGAUUACAGUAAUGC